GUACUUGGCAACUCGUGAUGGCAAAAAUUUUGACUGACAAAUUUGUGCUGGCAUUGUCAAAACAGCUUGAUCUAGCGAAUGUCAGCCCGAGACAGCUUAGCGUAUUUCUGGGAUUCAGCAAAGCCGCGGGCACUAACGCAAUGGUUGCGGGCAAUCUCACCAUGAAUCCAGCUAGCUCAUUCGACGACCUCUUUUCCAAGUAUGUUAUGAAACAUGGACGGGGGAGUGUAAGUGCUCUGAAUCUGAGAGGGAUCUUUCUAGAAAAUGAAAUGAAGGACUGUGCUGAUUUCGUCAAAGCAGAAUUAGAGAAGUUUAAUAUUCCUGUCCCGUCAGACGAAGACACACUCAUGGAAAGGGACAAACCUGUAUCCCUCCCGAACCUUCCUUCCGGCACACCAGGUGAGGGAACAGAGGCCGCUGGUGUGGCUCAGACUGAUCCAGCUGACCAUCUUUAUGAGGAAAUAGAAACAUGA